AUGGCGUUACCCCAGGGAUCUGUGCUCGGCCCUCUCCUCUUCACCAUCUACAUGCUCCCCUCGGCCAAAUUAUUCGUCACCACGGCCUCAGUUUCCACUGCUACGCCGACGACACUCAACUGCGUCCAGCCGCCGGGGGGGGGGCGGGACGUCCUGCGGAGGGUGAGGCGGGGGGGAGAGAGGCAGAGAGAUGGAGGACGGGGGGCGAAGGCCAGGAACGCUGCCCGACUCAGGCUCCUGAUACCUCGAUUGGCUCUCCGGCACCGUCUGACCACACUCAGUGGUCGUGUGUCUCGCUCCGCCUCUUGGCGCCGUCGGCCAAUCGCUUUCUUCUGCUACUUCCUGUCAGUCAGGGCUCUGCGGCCACUGGCCAAGCGGGUGGCGCUGUACCGCUCCUUCCCGACCCGCCUACUCUCGAGGGCCUGGGGUCGGCUGAACGGUGUGGAGCUGCCCACCUGGCUGAGGAAACCCGUCUACUCGCUGUACAUCUGGACCUUCGGCGUCAACAUGCAGGAGGCGGCAGUGGAGGAUCUGCAUCACUACAGAAACCUGGGGGAAUUCUUCAGACGACGUCUCAAACCUGCAGUCAGACCGCUCUGUGCCUCCUCUUGCCUGAUCUCCCCGGCUGAUGGGAGGAUUCUUCACUUUGGUCGGGUGAAGAACUCUCAGGUGGAGCAGGUGAAGGGGGUCACCUACAGCCUGGAGCACUUCCUGGGUCCUCAGAAGGGGCAGGGUCAAGACGUGUCCUCAUCCUUCCAGGACCUGCUGCUGUCCUCCCCGGAAAACGACCUGUUCCACGUGGUGGUCUAUCUGGCUCCAGGAGACUAUCACUGCUUCCACUCUCCCACCGACUGGAGGGUGGAGCUGAGGCGCCACUUCCCAGGCUCUCUGAUGUCCGUGAACCCGGGCGUGGCUCGGCUCGUUAAGGAGCUCUUCUGUCUUAACGAGCGCGUGGCUCUGAGCGGGCAAUGGCAGCAUGGCUUUUUCUCGUUAACGGCGGUUGGGGCCACCAACGUGGGCUCCAUCAGAGUCUACUUCGACCAGGAUCUUCAGACCAACGCCCCCCGCUACAGUAAAGGCUCUUUCCACGACCGCAGCUACAUUGCCCUCCGUGACCAGGUGCUGAAGGCGGCAGGUGAAGGGGGCGUGUCCUCAGUGGAGGGGGAGGGCGUGGUCUUGCAGCGAGGGGCGGCGGUGGGGGAGUUUAACCUGGGCUCCACCAUCGUGCUGCUGUUCGAGGCGCCCAAAGACUUCAGCUUCGACCUGCAGCCGGGCCAGCGAAUCAGGGUGGGGGAGGGGCUCGGCAGCCUCUGAUUGGAAGGCUCGGUGUCCUAUGAUUGGACAGUUCGGCCGCCUCUGAUUGGCCGAGCUGCAAACUCAGAGGGAGGAGCCUGAUUUUGAACUAUAAAAGAAAAAUGUUAUGGAUUAUUUCUAGGCAUUAUGGGUAAUCUUUCUCAACAGAAAAGACACUGCUGGGGACAUAAAGCGGACUCCAACUCCCAGAAUGCCUUGUGCCUCCUGAAGGGAAAAAUGCCAAAAGUGUUUUUAUUUUAUAUUUCAGUUUUGUCUCCAUGUUGUUCGUCCAGAGACUCAACCUUGUUCCUGUCAUCACUCAAACAAACACAUUGUAACACACACAACUACACGCUAUGAACAUAACACAUUGUAACACACACAACUACACGCUAUGAACAUAACACAUUGUAACACACACAACUACACGCUAUGAACAUAACACAUUGUAACACACACAACUACACGCUAUGAACAUAACACAUUGUAACACACACAACUACACGCUAUGAACAUAACACAUUGUAACACACACAACUACACGCUAUGAACAUAACACAUUGUAACACACACAACUACACGCUAUGAACAUAACACAUUGUAACACACUUUACUAACGCAGACCUGCUGCCCCCCCCCCCCCGCGGCCGAGGGGUGUUCUGCCGGUCACAUGUUUCUCCGUCCACUGAAUGUGUUUGAAUGUUAAAACUUUAUUGUCCACGUUCCAACAACAGAAGAGGCUAACUGUUCAGUUUCUUUACUUUUGUAAAGUAUGUAAUUAUGAAUAAAUAUUUCUUUCACA